CCGUUGGCGUAGUAACGCGUAUCCUGGCUCGUAUAUACCGAGUUUGCUCGCUUGCCUCUGCCUGUGCCUUGCUUAUCGCUCUUCCCUCCCUCAACAUUCCGCGACCGACCGACCGACCGACCAACCGACCGUCCAUCUAUCUAUCCAUCCAUCCAUCCGUUCGUUCGUUUGUUCGUUCGUUCAUUUGUUCGUUCGUCCGCUCGUCCGCUUGAUUCUAUCCAUGUGAGCACGCGUUUGUGUACGCCGCGCCUCUCCGCGUGGUGCUCCUACACGUUGGUGGCAACUACGCGCGAGACACCCCGGCCUUCGGCGUAUGUGCGCGCAUGUCUGUGUGCGCGCGUGUGUUGGAUGAGGGUCCCGGCACGGCUCGGCGCUCUCGGCCCGUCCCGUUCCGUUCCGUGGAGUAUCGCGCCGCUCGCCACCCGCUAUCCACAGCAGUUUCAGCCAGUACGCCCGCUCGACUGCCUGCCAGUGUCCCACCGCACGCCGAACCGUUUGCACUCAGAAGCGAUCAGGGAGCCCUUCUCUGCCUCCCUGCCGGCCACCCCGCUCUCGUAUACGCUCUCACUCGUCGGCUCACCGUCGGCGCCCCACUUCGCCCUCGUCACCCACGGCCGCCUCCCUCCCAUCUUUCUCUCUCUUUCUCGUCGACGUUCUUUUUCUCUCGUUCCGCGCUCCAUCCUCUCUUUCUCUCUUGAAAUUUUCUCCCCUUCCGCGCGGCGUUUCUUUGCAUCCCACUCUGUCCCAUUGGGGCGCUCUCUUUCGCUCUCCUCUCGGCAGUCGAGUUACACUCGGCGAACGCACGAGCACCGUUCUAUCGUUCUCUCCGUCUGCCAUCUCCGCCGGCACAUUCUCCAUCCCGUUCACCCUCUCGCGUCUCUUUCAUCCUAACUCCGUCUCCCUCCGCCCGACCCGUCUGUCUCUCUCUUUCUCUCUCCGACGUGUUUAGCCUCCCGCCAAGCCGUCCCCUCCGCGCAGCUUUACGCUCCCUCCACGCUCUGCUCGCGACGCGGCUGUCUUUGUCUCGCUGCGGCAGGCAGCUGUCCUGCCUCUCCGUCGUCGGCUCCUCUCUCGUUCAUCCCGUCUCACUUCUCUCCCUCUCACUCGGGAGUAACGCCGGUGUGUACUCCCGCUGUCACCUGAUCGCGGGACGCUUUUCGCGGGUGAGAUACCGCUCGGCCACCGAGUCAACCCAGUCUGCCGGCGCUCGCUCUUGCUCCGGUUCUUCCUUCUCGCUCUCUUUCUCUCUCUCACUCCGUCCGUCUGUCCUUGUUCUAUCUCUCUCUCUCUUUACUCCUCCUCCCUCCCCACCCCCGCGCCGCCUUCCACUCUUUACUCUUCCACCGCCGCUCUUCCUCCUGCUCGUCGUCGUCGUGGUCUUCCUAUACUCGCCUCGUUGCCGCGCGACGUCAACAUCGUCGGGCUGGUGGUUACCCCGGAGGAAGAAGAGAGGCGAGGAAAAAAAAGGAAAGCCGAGCACAGAAGCGGCCGCCACCGUCCGACGGUGCGACCGGGUUGUGGACGAUCUCUCGCCUCUUCCUCCUUUCACGGAUCUUCGCCGGCAGAGAGUCGCUCGGAGAGAGGGAGGUGACACUUUCGGACAGACACGCGGCACGGAUCUCGCACACUCGACGGUACGCGCGCGCGGAGGACACGGAAGAGCCGCGCGCUCCGUUGCUGCAAAUUCGGUCACGGUGUGCCAAGAUUUCGCUCCUUUUUUUUCGCGUCUUUUUUUUCCAACAAUCUCCACCCGGACCCUUUGUUCCAAGAACGCCUCGUGAGUUGAGUGGGUGCCGCGCCAGUGCGUAAUCGUGUGAUCUCGGUGUGACAGUGCGGCGGACGACGAUUUUCAAACGCACCAUUGUCAUCAUCGUCAUCAUCGUCGUCCCCGGAGGAAAACGUCGGGGCGUUUCGUCGAAGAAACAGCGCCGCCGCGAAGGACUCUCAUCAUCGUCAGCCGAACAAACGUCACAGUGUUACUACGUGUGAUUGUGAAUGAUCUCUGAUACUCUAGUGAUUAAAGUGCUCAGUGCCGAUGUUGCGAGAUAACAGUGAAUAGAACGGCGAUCGUGGCGCGUAGACACGCGAAUGACAAUAUGGCCAGUGCGACAAUGAUGGGUUUACGUCGCAGAGCGCCGGUGAACAGCUCGCCGACUCCCUCGAGUCAAUCGCCGUCCACGGCGACGAGCACGUCGUCGUCGAGCAAGCGCUCGAGAAACGAGAACAACAACAGCCCGUCCCACGGCAAUCUGAACUCGAUGAACGGCGGUUCCCGGGACGAGCCGCCGACGAAGAAGUCCCGCGGGACUUCGACGAGCGGAGCGAAGGGUAAUUCCUGCUCUUCCCCCGCUACCUGCUCAGCGUCCUCUUCUACGACCACGAGUGCCUCGACGGCCGAUAAUCAGAACUCGAAGAGCCGUGGAACUUCCGUCUCGAGAUCGGCCACCCAGACAAAAUCAUCGUCCACUUCGACGGCUAGCAGCGCUUCUUCCUCGAGUGAUAUAUCGAAGGGUUCCGCGCUUGCCACCAGUUGGUCGGCCACGUCGAACAUGUCGGACAUGCCGUCGUACGCUUCCGUGGCCGGGUUGAGCCUGACGGGCGGACAAACGGCCGGCCUGUGCGCCGGAAGCCUCAGCAUGCCUCCUGCGCCGAUAGCGCCCUACAUGUCGACCUCCAUAGCGACCUUCGUCGGCAACGCCACGAACCUCGGCAAGAGCUCGUCGGUCUCGUACCUCGACAUCUCCAACAUGACUGGCGGUUCCUUGGCCGCUUCCGGCACCGCAAACUCGUUAAACAACGGAUACGCGGCGAACGGCGCUGUGGACCCGAAGAGCGGAAUAGCGAUGUCUUACUCGGGCAUGUCGUCGCCGAGCGUCAACGGCGGCUCGUACGGCGUGCAAAAGGGGCAGGGCCCGAGCGGGGCUGACGGAGCCGCCGCUGCGUCGAGGAAGUUUCAGAACGACGCCAUGUUCACCGCUUAUCAACCGUGGGUGAUCAAGACGUACGGCGAUCUGGCGAAAACCAAGACGAUCACCAUUAAGAAAUACGCGCGCAUCUUACGGACGCUGCGGGGCGAGGAGGCCAACAGCGCGGAGAACAGCAAGUUCCGCUUCUGGGUCAAGAACAAGGGUUUCCACAUCGGCCAGCCGGAUGGCUACGACGCGAAACCGGCCGACAGGAUUAUCGGACGUCACGCCGUCACGAGUCCGGGAUUGGAUCCGCCGCUCUACGUGCCCGCGAUGCCGCCGCACAACAAGUCGUUAAAUGGUGCCGAGGGUACAGUUCCGCAGGGAAAAGUGUACAAGAAAGUUGCGAUUGUGGAAAACUUUUUUGACAUCAUUCACGCCGUUCACGUUGAUCUCGAAGGACGUCCUGGAAAACACGCUGGCCAGAAACGCACCUAUAGAACAAUUACAGAGACAUACGCGUUCCUACCCCGAGAAGCCGUGACGCGAUUUCUGCUAGGCUGCACAGAAUGCCAGCGGCGUCCGCGGACGCCCAGUCCGACGAAUUUAUCAAAUCAGUCGCAAUCCACAGUGCCGUCGACGGCACUGGCAUCAACCCCGCUGAACUCCAACACUGGCGGUGGCAACGCCGCUCUCGCGACUUUGUCGUCGUCCGCAUCGUCGGCACAAAGCAGCCCUAAGCCGCGCGAUAGCAACCACCAUGCAUCGGAGGGCAAGAACCUUCACAACUAUAGGCACCAAAAGCAACACAAGAACAGCAGUGUCGCCGCGACGGACAAGCUUGACAAGGACAAGGACGAGAAGUACAACCCGCUGAGCAUCACGAAUUUGUUGAAGAAGGAACCGGUGAACGGCGGUUUUCUCGCGAAUUCCGACAACCUGCCGGAAUCUAGAAGGACACCAGAGUCGGACCGGGCGAGCUCGCGGAGCUCGGCGUCGUCGAAGAGGAAGCGGAUGCUGCCGGAGGGACGGACGCCCUCGCCGCAGCCCAGCCAGCCGUUGCCAAGGCCCUGGAGCCCCGGGCUGGAUCCCAAGAACACGCCCAUCGACUACAGCCGCCCCAUCACCACCUCGUACUUGAAGCACCAGCAGAGGCUACUCCAGGCAGAGAAAAGCAAGGCCGCCGCCAAUGCGCUGAGGGAGUCCGAGGCGAUGGAGCUCAACUCCCUCGCAACCGUCCCGACGCCGCUUGUCGAGGAGACCGAGAGCGUCGAGAGGGAAAGAUUCUCACCGGCCACCGGUCUCAUCGGUACGAAUCUCAAGAUACUCGGGACUAUUCCGCAUCUGCACUUCCAGGUGAUGCUGGCGCUCACCGAACGACUCAGACCGUCGAUCGCUGUGCCGGGUCCCUUAGUCCUGCCACCAGCGCCGACGAACGUCCUCGCGGGAUCGAUGAUGAUGGGCACGGAAGUUUCCGUCCAGACCGGCGAGAAUCAUUUGUGAGCUAAUCGACGCGAGGAAGAGAACAACUUUGUUUACUGACUUUCUUCGGAGUGCGUGAAAGGUAUUGUGUUAUGAUCAAGAUAAAAAAUAGAUAUCCGCGAGUAGAAUUAUUUCGCGUCGAUAAUGCCGAACUGCUUGAACGACUCGCGUACGUGAAUCGCAAUUCAUUCUAGACGAACGUUCUCGAUGUAAUAAGCGUUUAUUACAGUCAAAUAAUGGAUAUUUGGUUUUUUCUAUUAAAAAAAAAAAAAAAAAAUUUUUAAUUUUGACCGUCCUAUUUGCGUUUCUAACAUAAUCACGCGGCUACGAGGUUCCUUAUACGACAUGUCGAUUACAAUCGUCCUUUUCAUUCUUAAUUCGUUCUUAAAUACGUAUCCGACUGACGCGCAUUUGCGUACAGCAGCGGCGACUUGCCUUUGUCCCGUCUUCCGUCAGCGAAACGAUAGAUAGACGCAAUUACAUAUUGAACCGGAUGGGAUCGAUUAUUGUCGUCGUGCUCGUGUCACACAUUUCAUCCGACCAGGCCAGCCGGUUGCUGCUUGCUUGCGUCCGACCUCGGUCGGUGCCCGAUAUAGACGACGGGCCAAGCGAGCGGAAUAAUUCCCGAGUCUGUCGAAAUACUGGUCGAUGUGUCAGGGAUUCGCGCGACGCUUCCUAUGUCCGAUAUUUAGGGAUCCGUUACGCGGAGAACAGAUCGCGAUCCGGCUGCCGUUGCCGGACUCGGCCCCGAUCGAUCCAUCCGAGCGGGGCAAAAGCGACAAUCCGCGCGGCGACACCGCGAAAGUCCUGAAUAUUCAACGAGCCGACGAGAUGGCGAGAGUGAGUGAGAAAGAGAGAAAAAGAGACCCGUAUUCUCGUUUACGAGUAUCAUCCAAUGAAUUCGACAACAUUCGGCAUUGUUGCCGACCUGACGAAUUGUCUUUCAUGUUUCAAGGCGCUCGACAAUUCGUUCCGACUAUAAUUACAGCGUGUUCGAGGAUGAGCAGAUUACGUGUUCAGAUAAACGAAAAAAUUUUUUUUAAUUGGCAGCUACUUUUUUUUCAGCGAAAAUAUCCUGCAGUGCUAAUAAUUUUGGAAUCAUAAAAAUUUACGAGCUAUAAAAAUGGAUUUCGCGAACUUUCAAAACGGUAAGUGAAUAAUGAAACAUCAUUCAGUAUCGUUCGAUCUUUAUCCGGCGUUGAUAUUAGACAGAGAUUAGUUGAAUUUUCCACGGAAAGCAUCUUUGUCAAGAAGCAAAGAAAAAAAUGCAUUCUAUCCUUUUUUUUGUUCGCGCAAGCGAUGUAAUACCUUCGUAAUCUCAGACGUCUGAAUUAACGUCGAUUAAUGCGCGAUGGAGCAACAUCUCAGUGACUGGAAAAGGGCUGGCUGAAUCUAGCUGGCGUCUCGUCCUACCUUGUAAUCGUAAUAAUGUUAUCGCGUGUAAUUACACACAACGGGGGUAUCCGAGUCGAGUACGAGCGCGCGACUCGUCUCGUCUCGUCUCAUUGCGUUACGCGGAACCGGUCGAUCCGGUAUAUUAUACGCGUCAGCUUCCCUCGUUAUAUUGUAUUAAUUAUCGUAUUAUUGGCGCGAUCGACGCUGCGACUUUUUGGCGAUACCGCGGCGCGACCGCAUAAUUGAACACGUUAUUUCAGACGGGGAACCUUAUUGCUUAUAUUACUCGUUUCGAAAAGCCAAUCAUUCACGAUCCUCACUAUUAUAUCAGUAUAAUCUCUUAUCUUAAAAGAAUAUGUUUUUUAAAUUUUAUUUCAUAAUAAAUGUCUCAGCUAAAUAAUAUUUUGAACUUUUACUUUUGAAAUGUGCGCAACGAUAAUUUUGAAUAUAAUUGAGGUUUAUCUGGAAACCGUAAGUAAACGUGAGCUAAUUUUCUUUUCUUAUUUUAUGGAAGUUGGCUAGAAAUAAUUGACAAAUUUGAUGAAAUAACUUGUUCACUCAGCGACGAUCGCCGGACUCGAUACCGACUGUAUACCAAAGGCAGUACCAGUUCGAGCUUUCGCUAUGAGAGCGAUUCGUGUCUUCGUAGAGCUACAAGUAAGACGAAUCGACCGUAAUUAUAAAUCGAUUGUUUUUCCUUGCAUCGAGACCUCGGCGACAAAACUCGUUGCGGCAAAACUCGUUUCGUAUUUGAUUUGUGUACGUAGCCUAGCCUUGUGUAUGAUAUUACUCGAAGUAGCUCGUUUCUCGUGUACAAUAUAACGUUAAUCGGUGGAGAAAGAAGUACACACCGGUGACGCAAUAGGUUUUAAGAUGUGCUUGCACAAAAAAGAUGUUUUUACUAGAAGUUCGAUAUCGUCGUGAAAGUAGACGAGGAUUGAUAAUCCUAGAGUGUCGUCGCACCGGAUAUAUUAAUAUGCAUAUAUAUUGCAUAUUGUAUGUAUAUAUUAUUUUGUACAUAAUUGUCGUAUCAUAGAAUGCAUACUGCAGUCUGUACUGAACAAAACGCGCGAUUAUUAUUAUUAUUAUUGACAGCGAUCGUUCUUUUAUCACGGCAUUAGACAUCAUACGAUUAUUAUUAUGAUCGUGACGACGAUAGAGAUGAUUAUCAUUUUUACCGCUUCUUAUUCGCCUUCUUAGUUUUUAAUAUUAUUAAUUAUUAUUACGUGAUUAUUAUAUUAAUAUUAUUAUAUUUAAAUUGCGCACGAGA